UCUGCUGGGGUCUGGAGUGGAACUAGAUAAAGCAGACCGUCCCUGUAUGACUGGACACUAAAGCAGAACCUAGGAUACAAAGAGUCUUCAUGUCUAAUAUUUAGACAUGUUCAGCUUUGUGGAUUCCCGGUUACUGCUUUUAAUAGCAGCAACUGUUCUACUCACCAAAGGCCAAGAUGAAGAAGAUGUCGAACCUGGAAGCUGCACGCACAAUGGAAAAAUCUACAAAGACAAAUCACUUUGGAGGCCUGAAAAAUGUGUGGUGUGCCUGUGUGACUAUGGUACCCCACUGUGUGAUACCAUUGUAUGCAAAGAUGUAUCAAACUGCCCCAAUGCUGUAGUCUCUCCGGGCGAAUGUUGUGCAGUUUGUCCUGGAUCCGAUUCUAUUCCUGCUUACCCAGAUGCCACCGGUGUAGAGGGUCCUAAAGGAGAACCAGGCCCCAAAGGAGAUAGGGGACUUCCAGGCCCCGCUGGCAGAGAUGGCAUCCCUGGACAACCUGGCCUCCCUGGACCUCCAGGCCCCCCUGGUCCCCCUGGCCUUGGUGGAAACUUUGCUCCUCAGAUGUCUUACGGUUAUGAUGAAAAAUCUGGUGGUGCUGGCCUUGCUGUUCCUGGCCCAAUGGGUCCAGCUGGUCCCCGUGGUCUUCCCGGACCCCCAGGUGCUCCUGGCCCCCAAGGUUUCCAAGGUCCCCCUGGUGAGCCCGGCGAGCCUGGUUCUUCUGGUCCAAUGGGUCCUCGUGGUCCAGCCGGUCCCCCUGGCAAGAAUGGAGAUGAUGGUGAAGCUGGAAAACCUGGCCGUCCUGGUGAGCGUGGUCCUUCUGGUCCACAGGGUGCCCGUGGCCUUCCUGGAACCGCUGGCCUCCCAGGCAUGAAGGGACACAGAGGAUUCAGUGGUCUUGAUGGUGCUAAAGGUGAUACUGGUCCUGCAGGCCCUAAGGGUGAGCCUGGCAGCCCUGGUGAAAAUGGUGCUCCCGGACAAGUAGGCCCACGUGGUCUUCCUGGUGAGAGAGGACGUCCAGGCCCUGCUGGCCCAGCUGGUGCUCGUGGUAACGAUGGCGCUGCUGGAGCUGCUGGUCCCUCAGGUCCCACUGGUCCUGCUGGUCCCCCUGGAUUCCCUGGUCCUGCUGGUCCUAAGGGUGAAACUGGUCCUCAAGGUGCUCGUGGUGGUGAAGGCGCUCAAGGUGCUCGUGGAGAGCCUGGCCCAGCUGGUCCUGCUGGUGCAGCUGGCCCUAGUGGAAAUCCUGGUUCUGAUGGUCAACCUGGUUCUAAAGGUGCCCCUGGUGCUCCUGGUAUUGCUGGUGCUCCUGGCUUUCCCGGUGCUCGUGGAGCAGCUGGACCUCAAGGUCCCAGUGGUGCUCCUGGUCCCAAGGGUAAUAGCGGUGAACCUGGUGCUCCCGGAAACAAAGGAGAUGCUGGAGCUAAAGGCGAAGCUGGUCCCGUUGGUGUCCAAGGCCCCCCUGGUCCACCUGGUGAGGAAGGCAAGAGAGGAUCUCGUGGUGAGCCAGGACCUGCUGGAUUGCCUGGACCUGCUGGUGAACGUGGUGCUCCUGGAAGCCGUGGUUUCCCUGGUGCUGAUGGCAUUUCUGGUCCCAAGGGCCCUCCUGGUGAACGUGGAGCUCCCGGCCCUGCUGGACCUAAAGGGUCUACUGGUGAAGCUGGACGGACUGGUGAGCCUGGUCUUCCUGGAGCCAAGGGUCUGACUGGUAGCCCUGGUAGCCCUGGAUCUGAUGGCAAGACUGGACCUGCUGGCCCUGCUGGUCAAGAUGGUCGCCCUGGACCUGCCGGUCCACCUGGUGCAAGAGGUCAAGCUGGUGUGAUGGGAUUCCCUGGACCUAAAGGCUCUGCUGGUGAGCCUGGCAAACCUGGUGAGAGAGGUGCUCCUGGAGCUGUUGGAGCUGGUGGUGCUCCUGGCAAAGACGGCGAUGCUGGUGCCCAAGGUCCUCCAGGCCCAGCUGGUCCUGCUGGUGAAAGAGGUGAACAAGGCCCAUCUGGUGCUCCUGGCUUCCAGGGUCUUCCUGGUCCCGCUGGUGCCCCUGGUGAAUCUGGAAAACCUGGUGAACAAGGUGUCCCUGGUGAUGUUGGUGCUCCUGGUCCUUCUGGUGCAAGAGGCGAGAGAGGUUUCCCUGGUGAACGUGGUGGCCAAGGUCCUGCAGGUCCCCCUGGACCCCGCGGUGCCAAUGGUGCUCCGGGUAACGAUGGUGCUAAGGGUGAUGCUGGUGCUCCUGGAGCUCCUGGUGGUCAAGGUCCUCCUGGUCUUCAGGGUAUGCCUGGUGAACGUGGUGCUGCUGGUCUGCCUGGUGCCAAGGGAGACAGAGGUGACCCAGGUUCCAAAGGCGCUGAUGGUUCUCCCGGCAAAGAUGGACCUCGAGGAUUGACUGGACCAAUUGGCCCACCUGGACCAGCUGGUGCUUCUGGUGACAAGGGAGAAAGUGGUCCCGCUGGCCCUGCUGGCCCCACUGGUGCACGUGGUGCUCCUGGAGACCGUGGUGAACCUGGACCUGCUGGACCUGCUGGAUUUGCUGGACCCCCUGGAGCUGAUGGACAACCAGGCGCUAAAGGUGAACCCGGUGAUGCUGGUGCUAAAGGUGAUGCUGGUCCUCCUGGUCCCGCUGGCGCUACUGGCCCCGCUGGCCCUGCUGGUCCCGUUGGUGCUCCUGGCCCCAAAGGUGCUCGUGGAAAUGCUGGCCCCCCUGGUGCUACUGGAUUCCCUGGAGCUUCUGGAAGAGUUGGACCUCCUGGCCCAUCUGGCAACAUUGGUCUUCCCGGCCCACCUGGCCCUAGUGGAAAGGAAGGAAGCAAAGGACCCCGUGGUGAGACUGGACCUGCUGGACGCCCCGGUGAAGCUGGACCUGCUGGCCCACCUGGACCUCCUGGUGAAAAGGGAUCUCCUGGUUCUGAUGGACCUGCUGGUGCACCUGGUACUCCUGGCCCACAAGGUAUUGCUGGACAACGUGGUGUAGUUGGUCUUCCUGGACAAAGAGGAGAGAGGGGAUUCCCUGGACUUCCUGGUCCCGUUGGUGAGCCUGGCAAACAAGGCCCAUCUGGUUCUCCUGGUGAACGUGGUCCCCCUGGCCCAGUUGGACCCCCUGGAUUGGCUGGACCCCCUGGUGAAGCUGGACGCGAGGGUGCUCCCGGUGCUGAAGGUGCUCCUGGACGUGACGGUGCUGCUGGUCCCAAGGGUGAUCGUGGUGAGACUGGCCCUGCUGGUGCUCCUGGUGCCCCUGGUGCUCCUGGUGCCCCUGGCCCUGUUGGCCCUGCUGGCAAGAACGGAGAGCGUGGUGAGAGUGGUCCCGCUGGUCCCGCUGGUCCUGCUGGUCCUGCUGGUGCUCGUGGUCCUGCGGGUGCACAAGGUGUCCGUGGUGACAAGGGUGAGACCGGUGAACAAGGUGAAAGAGGCAUGAAGGGACACAGAGGAUUCUCCGGUCUUCAAGGCCCCCCUGGCCCCCCUGGCUCUCCUGGUGAACAAGGUCCUUCUGGUGCUUCUGGCCCUGCUGGCCCAAGAGGUCCUCCUGGAUCUUCUGGUUCCCCUGGCAAAGAUGGUCUGAAUGGUCUCCCUGGUCCCAUUGGCCCACCUGGACCUCGUGGUCGUACUGGUGAUGUUGGCCCUGCUGGUCCUGCUGGACCUCCUGGACCCCCUGGUCCCCCAGGUCCACCUAGCGGUGGCUUCGACUUCAGCUUCCUGCCCCAACCUCCUCAAGAAAAAGCUCAUGAUGGUGGCCGCUACUACAGAGCUGAUGAUGCUAACGUAAUGCGUGACCGUGACCUGGAAGUUGACACUACCCUCAAGAGCCUUUCUCUUCAGAUUGAGAACAUCCGUAGCCCCGAAGGAACCCGUAAGAACCCAGCCCGUAGUUGCCGUGACCUGAAGAUGUGCCAUGGAGAAUGGAAGAGUGGCAUGUAUUGGAUUGACCCCAACCAAGGCUGCAAUCUGGAUGCCAUUCAAGUCUAUUGUAAUAUGGAGACUGGAGAGAGCUGUGUCUACCCAGCUCAGGCCACUAUUGCACCGAAGAACUGGUACAUCAGCAAGAACCCUAAGGAGAAGAAACAUGUCUGGUUUGGAGAGACUAUGACCGAUGGCUUCCAGUUUGAAUAUGGUAGUGAGGGAUCCAACCCAGCUGAUGUUGCCAUCCAACUGACCUUCUUGCGCCUGAUGUCCACCGAGGCUUCCCAGAACAUCACCUACCACUGCAAGAACAGUAUAGCUUACAUGGAUCAACAGACUGGAAACCUGAAGAAAUCUCUGCUCCUCCAGGGCUCCAAUGACAUUGAAAUGAGAGGAGAGGGCAACAGCCGUUUCACCUAUUCAGUUAUUGAGGAUGGCUGCACGAGUCACACCAACACUUGGGGAAAGACAGUCAUUGAAUACAAGACAACAAAAACUUCCCGGUUGCCCAUCAUUGAUGUGGCUCCAAUGGACGUUGGUGCUCCAGACCAGGAAUUCGGCUUUGAUGUUGGACCAGCCUGCUUCUUGUAAACCCCAAAGGAAACCUGACAGUUUUAAAAAUAAAAUAAAAAACAGCCAAAAAAGAAGGAAAUUUCACAUGGACUUGAAUUUGUGUCUUUUUCUAUCCAUCAUCUCUAAAACUAUUUUCGUUUCCGUUAAAAAAAAACAAAAAAAGCAUUAAACCAAAAAAAAUAAAAAUAAAUGACUUUUGAAAAAUAAUUAAGGAAGUGCAUCCACUUGCUUGACUUUUUUUUUAAUUAGAAUCACCGAAGACAGAAUGGCUUGAUUUUACCUUCUUCAUUUUUAAAAUCAUGUAAUAUCUUGGGAUCACAAUUUGCACAUUCCAAAUAAAUAUAUAGAUUUACCAUACAAAUGAUAAAAAUCAGUACCAACUAAGGAACACCUGAAUAUUAACUAUAAUUCUUGGGGGGAGAAAACAAAAUCUGUUGCUUCCAAGGCAACAAAAAAGCAAUGCUAAACUAGUCUUACAUCCUGCCCAUAACAUCCUCCUAAUUAUUGUAAACUUACCCUUUAACCUGGUAGUGAAAAAAGACCCCAAAAUUUCCUUAUAGGCCAUCUUUCUCUGCUGGCAAUUUUACAUUUUUUUAUUUGUUUUUAUACAGAGCAAUAUCACAGAAAAAAUAAUUCUUUCAGCCAUUGUAAGUGUAUUUCUUUUUUCUGUUUUGUUCAGCCGGCAAUAGAAAGGAGUUUAAUUAAUUUUAAAUAAAGGUGUGAUGGUGAAUGGUUUUCAACACAAAUAUAAAUUUGGACAAGUGUUAACAGCUAAUAAUGCUGGUAUACCUGCAAAGAUGGUUGGUGGUUGUUUUUUUAAAAAAAAGAGCAAAUGGAGAAAAUUGGUUUAAUAGCUACAAAUAUGUUGUCGGUGAACAAGUGAAGAAAAAUAAAUGGCUAAUACAGAAAGCAGAGAAAUUGCAAUGUUAAAUGUAUGUUAUUAUUGUAAUGGACAGCUACCUCACAAUUGUGAUUUCCAAGUUCUUUGCGGUAGUUUUGGAGUUUUUUUUUCAAUGCCAUCACCAGGCUGAGGGGCAGCAGGGAAUAAGGCAGAGGUCCAAGUUUAGCGAAAGGUGCUAAAGCUGUGUCUCUUUAUUUUAUUUUAUUCUUUUAGUCUGCUAUGUUAAUAAUGUUCAGGUCCCGUGGAAUUAAUUCUGAAGUGGUGAAACACGAACAACUUUUGCUCCAAGCAAAUUCUGUUGCUUAUAGAAAUGGAAGUAUUAGAAGGGGGAAAUAAUAGAAUUAGUGUCUGGAUGCCCAAAGAUACUUGUGAAUUUUCAAACGGUGCUAAUUUUCUUAAGCAAAACGAAACCAGGAUGACAAAAAAUAACAAUUAAAAAUUGUUGCAAGGGAUCAAGGUCUGAAAUUUUUCUAUUGUUCUCUUGUAAAGCAGGUGGAUUCCUUUUUGGCUUGCCUUUUUUCCCAUCCAUCCAGGUCUUCUCCAUCACCAUCCCUCUUUCUUCUUUCCCCCCCUCCCUUCUUUUUUUACCCUGCUAGCAAAUUCUUGUGCUGAGUCUUCUUGCUUUUUAAUGGUCUUCACUCAUUGCUAAAAAAAACCACAACCUUUUCCUUUCUUCUACCUCUUCUUUGCUCUCAAUCUCUGUCUCCUUAACUCUUCUUCCCCCCUCUCCCUUUGUGGGUUCAAAUUCAAGCAAAUCCAUUCUUCUCUGUAACAAGAGGCAGAUGUUCUAGGGAGUAUGACCGACCGAAGAUUCUGUACCUAUUUUGUAUAUGUAUAAUAAUUUGAGAUGUUUUUAAUUAUUUUGACUGCUGAAAUAAAGCAUGUGAAAUGAUCCAAA